CCCCAGCCCCGGCCCCAGACGGCAGACGCCAGCCGGCCAGACCACCUCGACACGCGGCCGCCGCGGACGAGAUGGCCGCCGGAGACGCCGGCCGCGCGCCGAUGCCCGCGGACGCGCAGUCGCUGGUGGAGUCCUUCUGCGGCAUCACCUCCGCGGCCGCCGAGGAGGCCGCCUUCUUCCUCGAGAGCCACAACUGGGCCCUCGAAUCCGCGGUCCGCUCCUACUACGACUCCGUUGACGGCGACGCCGGCGCCGGCGAAGCCGGCGCAGCCGAUUCGGCGCCCCCGCCGCCGCCCCCUCCCGCCGACAGGGGCGACGAGGAUUCGGAGGACGAGGACUACGUGGGCGGCGGUGGCGGCGGCGAGGACGAGGACGACGAGGACUACAUCGGGGACGACGACGGCGACGAUGAGGACGCCGCGGUCGUCUCUGCCGCUGCGGCGGCGGAGGGGAGAAGGAGGCCGUCGAAGAGGCUGAAGAGGAGCCACGAAGGGCCGGGUGGGAGCGGUAGCGGCAGCAGGGCGGGUGGGCGUGCGAAUGGCAGGGGAAAUGUCAGGACGCUCUCCGAUCUCGGUGGGGGCAAGCGGGGCGCGGGGUCCGACGAGGACUCCGGAGAGGAUGAUGAGUGGGCGCCACCACCCGAGUACUACACCGGCGGCGAGAAGAGUGGAAUGGUCGUUAGAGAUCGAUCAAAACGUAAAAAUAAUACGGAUGAGGUAUUCAAGCAAGCUAAAAGGAAGGGGGCUAAGCAAGGCCAUUUUGAGCCUCGCCGGAGAUCUACUCCAAGGAACUUUACUGGGACUGGCAGACUUUUGACAGGUGAAACUGUACAGCGUGAUACACCAGAGCCGCCAGAAGAAAUUGUUCACAUCUACUUCUGGAGCAAUGGCUUUACAGUAAAUGACGGUCCACUUAGAAGUUUUGAUGAUCCAGCAAAUGCAUCCUUUUUAGAGAGCAUCAAGAAUUCUGACUGCCCAACUGAACUUGAGCCGGCUGAUGGGAAAUCUAAGGUGAAUGUGAAUCUUGUGCGGAAGGAAGAAGAAUUUACCGAGCCAGUCAAGCGUACUGCUCCAUUUCAAGGGGAACGAAGAACUCUUGUGGCCCCUUCUGAUAAUAACACCUCCAGUGCUGCUGCUUCCAGUACGGACACUGCCCCAAGGACAAUCACAGUGGACGAUUCUUUGCCAUCAACCUCCCUCCAAAUCAGGUUCGCAGAUGGCAGCCGCUUGGUUGCACGUUUCAACAUGAGCCACACAAUUAGCGAUGUGCGUGCAUUCAUUGACGCAACCAGGCCAGAAGCCAGCGAAUACACGCUGCAAGCCGGAUUCCCCCCUAAGCCGCUCGAGGACGCGACCAAGACCAUUGAGGAGGCCGGCAUAGCCAACUCGGUGAUCAUUCAGUCAAUCUAGCUCUCCGCCGAACAGGUGUCGGCCAUACUCAUCAAAUAUGCUAGGCAUCUGAAGCUAGCACCUUCCUUGCUCUUCUCUUCCCACAUUUUGUUUCUCAAAUUUAGCUUCCGACCUUCCAUGGCUUCAUCGUUCAUUAGCGCUACUCGAGGUAUUGGGGUUGUAAAACAGAGGGAUCUGGGUGUACCCGUCUUAUUCAUCUAUAGCACAUACUAAUCACUUGGCUUGCAUGUC